AAUAAGAACUUCAGCAUGCGUAUCGAUUUUGAGAAAUCGAUAAUAUCCGGUGCACUAAGUAGACCCUAGAAAUGUGCACUAGCCUUGCUACCACCUAAAAAUUCAAGGAUAGUUCUACGUGGCAUAGCUCAUUGCCGGACUACAAAUCCGUUCCCACUUCUUCACUACAGCGUCAAUCAUUCACAGUUGUCUGCUCAAUGUCCAUUUGUGGACAGUUGUGGACGUAUUCACGAGGCGCGCCAGUCACGCGCUUUGACUACCCGAUUCGGCAAGCAGACAUUUUUGCCAUCAACGGUCUCGACGUCGACGUCCUUACGGCUCAAUGUCCUCCAUAUUUCGUCCAGGAUUUUCUUGCCUAAACCGACGUCUUUCGCCAGUUCGUGCGACCCGUCAUUUUCAUCCGUUAGCUGGCCAAUGGACUGGAGAGUCGCCUUCUUCCAACCUCGUUCCCAUCGUCAUCGAGCAGACGGGAAGAGGUGAACGCUCGUACGAUAUCUUUUCGCGCUUGCUACGGGAGAGGGUCAUCAUGCUUUACGGUCCGAUAAGAGAUACAGAUUCCACGUUGACCGUUGCCCAACUUCUCUUCUUGGAAGCAGAGGAUACCUCGAAGCCUAUACACCUCUACAUCAAUUCUCCAGGAGGUAGUGUUACCGCAGGAUUAGCAAUAUAUGACACAAUGCAGUACGUUUCUUCGCCAAUACACACGUACUGUAUUGGGCAAGCAGCUAGCAUGGGUUCUCUUUUACUAUCUGCGGGAGAAAGGGGCAAACGUCACUGCCUACCGAAUGCCAGCAUUAUGAUUCAUCAGCCCUCCGGUGGCGCCUCUGGUCAAGCUUCUGAUAUAGCUAUCCACGCUAAGGAGAUCCUACGAAUACGUCAGUUAUUGACAGGAAUUUAUCAGAAGCAUUGUGCAAAACCAGGAGAAUCAGUGAGCAAGGGCCUCGCUCGUUUCGAACAUGCGCUUGAACGCGAUAACUUUAUGACAGCUAAGGAAGCCUUAGACUUUGGGAUUGUAGAUGCAAUACUGGAGAAGAGCCCUAAAUCCGAGGGCGAUAGCCAAUCAUGAAAAUUGUAUUCUCCGUUGGACAGUCUCAUACUACUCAAUAUUGUCUUGGGUUUGUACAAUGGCGGAAGCAGAUAUCGACGAAUAUGGAUCGCAGAUUGCUGAAGGGUGUUUGCAUCCUUUUUCACCAACAGACCUUUCCCUUUUACAAACGAGGGCCCUGUGCA